UCGCCCAAUCUUCCGCCCGGCACUGGACACGUCCACCUCUCCGGCCCGCCGCGGUCGCCACGCGCCUACUUCAUCACGAACCACGCCUCGUACCCGCUCAAGCUCCUUGCCCCGCGCCCGCUCCCAUCACAGCCUGCAAAUGUUGCACUUCUCUACACUCUCGCGUACGGCGGAGGCCUGGUCUCCGGCGAUUGUGUGCAGCUCGCGUGCACCGUUGACGCGGGACAGGUGCUGGUAAUGCGCACGCAAGGCAGCACGAAAGUUUACAAGCACCGCCGCGGGCUGCGACCCGCCGCGCACGGUAUCUCUCCUGCCCUGGCAGCUGCCGUGAAGCAGGGUGCAGAGGCGCCAUCUGUCCGGCAGCGCAUGCAUGUUACUCUGGGGAGUGGCGGGACAUUUGUGCUUCUCCCAGAUGCACUGAGCCCGUUCCGAGGGAGCCGGUACGUCCAGGCCCAACGGGUCUGUCUGCCAGAAGAUGGAACGGGCAGCGUGCUCCUCCUCGACUGGAUCAACUCUGGCCGUGGGGACCGCCCCGCCGAGGAGGAGUACUGGGCCAUGGAGUACUACGCGUCCACCAAUGAGCUCGUCUUUGGUAAUCGCGUCCUCGCGCGAGAGCGCAUGAUCCUCGACAAUGGAAAGCACACGGGCGACUCGCUGUCGCCCACCGCCCGCCGCCUCGCACCAUACCACGUCUACGCAACAGUUCUUGUGUAUGGGCCGCAGUUUGCGCGCCUGCGCGCACAUCUUGAUGCGCUCGGCGACGCAACGAGCCAGUUCCAGGUCCCGCGCGCCCCGGGACUGUUGUGGUCCUACUCUCCCCUUAGCGAAGUUUGCGGGAUGGUCCGAGUGGCCGGUCUCGAGGUCGAGGACGUGCGUGACUGGAUGCGCGGCGCAUUCGAGGAGGGCGGUGUAGCCGAGCUCGUCGGGCCGGGCUUGUGGCCGCGGUGCAUUUAG